AGAGUUCUGUUACUUGAGGAGAAAGUUCCGCUAUUUGAAAAGGGAGUUCUGCUAUUUGAAAAGAAUGCUCAGCUAUUUGAAAAGGGAGUUCUGCUAUUUGAAAAGAAUGCUCAGCUGUUUGAAAAGGGAGUUCUGAUAUUUGAAAAGAAAGUUUCGUUAUUUGAAAUGGGAGUACUGCUAUUUGAAAAGAAUGUUCCGCUAUUUGAAAAAGGAAGUCUGCCAUUUGAAAAGAAUGCUCCGCUAUUUGAAAAGGGAGUUCUCCUAUUUGAACAGAAUGCUCGGCUAUUUGAAAAAGGAAUUCUGGUAUUUGAAAAGAAAGUUCCACUACUUGAAAAGGGAGUUCUCCUAUUUGAAAAAAAGUUUCGCUAUUUGAAAAGGGAGUUCUGCUAUUUGGAAAGAAAGUUCUGCUAUAUGAAAAGGGAUUUCUGCUAUUUGAAAAUAAUGCUCAGCUAUUUGAAAAGAGAGUUAUGCUACUUGAGGAGAAAGUUCCCCUAUUUGAAAAGGGAGUUCUGCCAUUUGAAAUGAAUGCUCCGCUACUUGAAAAGGGAGGUCUGCUUUUUGAAAAUAUUGCUCCGCUAUUUGAAAAGGGAGUUCUGCUAUAUGAAAAAAAUGCUCCGCCAUUUGAAAAGGGAGUUCUCCUAUUUGAAAAGAAUGCUCCGCUAUUUGAAAAGGGAGUUCUGCUAUUUGAAAAGAAAGUUCCGCUAUUUGAAAAGGGAGUUCUGCUAUUUGAAAAGAAUGCUCCGCUAUUUGAAAAGGGAGUUCAGCUAUUUGAAAAGAAUGCUCCGCUAUUUGAAAAGAGAGUUCUGCUACUUGAGGAGGAAGUUCCCCUAUUUGAAAAGGUAGUUCUGCUAUUUCAAAAGAAUGCUCCGCUAUUUGAAAAG